UGCAAUGGAGGAUGGUGACUGGGUUCUGGUGCGGCAGCCUGCAGAAAAAGACCUCUGGACUCCUAGUUUAGUGAAGGAGGAGGAGCGUUCUGAGCCUUUGAAGGUUACUUUUGGUGGGCCUGCAAAGUUCUGGACAGAUGCAAUUCCAAUUGGGAAUGGGAGGCUUGGAGCUAUGGUCUGGGGUGGUGUGGCUUCAGAAACUCUUCAGCUUAAUGAGGAUACACUCUGGACUGGAACUCCAGGCAACUACACCAACACAAAUGCUCCGCAGGCACUAACUGAGGUUAGGCAACUUGUUGAUGAUGGCAAAUAUGCUGAAGCUACUGAAGCAGCGGUCAAGUUGACGGGGGAUCCUUCUGAUGUAUACCAACUACUCGGCAAUAUCAACCUAGAAUUUGAUGAUUUACAUCUCAAGUAUGCUGAAGAAACUUACAGCAGAGAGCUAGACCUAGAUACUGCAACAGCAAGGAUAAAAUAUUCUGUGGGAGAGGUAAAAUAUACUAGGGAGCAUUUUGCUUCAAAUCCUGAUCAAGUGAUUGUGACAAAGAUCUCUGCAAGCAAAUCAGGGUCCCUAUCAUUUACAGUUUCGUUAGACAGCAAGUUGCAUCAUGGUUCUCAUGUAAAUGGUCAAAAUCAAAUUAUACUUGAAGGAAGUUGUCCUGGUAAAAGAAUCGCACCAAAGGCUAAUGACAAUCCUAAGGGGAUUCAGUUUACUGCAGUUCUUGAUUUGCAGAUUAGUGGUGACAAAGGUGUGAUACAUUCUCUGGAUGACAAGAAAAUUAGAGUUGAAGAGGCAGAUUGGGCUAUUUUGCUUCUGGUAGCCUCAUCUUCAUUUGAAGAUCCAUUUACUAAGCCUUCUGAUUCUAAGAGAAAUCCGACUUCAGAGUCUCUUGCUGCAUUGACUUCAAUAAAAAGAAUUUCAUAUUCUGACCUCUAUGCUCGUCAUUUGGAUGACUAUCAGAAUCUCUUUCAUCGGGUCUCAUUGCAGCUCUCUAAAAGCUCUAAGAGCAUAUUUGGAAAUAAAACCAUGGAGAUGAAGAAGUGCAACAAUAUAACCAGUUUAAAUUGUAAGGGAAAUGACAAUGCCUUGGGUUCUACUGCUGACAGGGUGAAAACCUUUAAAAUUGAUGAAGAUCCUUCUUUUGUGGAACUCUUGUUCCAGUAUGGUCGAUAUCUUCUUAUUUCCUGUUCACGCCCUGGAACUCAGCCUGCAAACCUGCAGGGUAUCUGGAACUACAAAAUUGAACCUGCAUGGGAUGGUGCUCCUCAUACGAACAUUAAUCUUCAGAUGAACUACUGGCCUUCCCUUCCUUGUAAUCUACGAGAAUGCCAGGAACCCUUAUUUGAUUACACAUCUUUAUUAUCUAUUAACGGAAGUAAAACUGCGAAGGUCAACUAUGAAGCCAGUGGUUGGGUUGUGCAUCAAGUGACUGACAUAUGGGCGAAAACAUCACCGGAUCGAGGUCAAGCUGUAUGGGCUUUAUGGCCAAUGGGGGGAGCGUGGAUCUGUACUCAUCUAUGGGAACAUUAUACUUAUACAAUGGAUAAAGAUUUCCUGAAAAAUAAGGCAUAUCCUUUGUUGGAAGGAUGUGCAUCAUUUCUGCUGGACUGGUUGAUUGAAGGACGUGGUGGGUAUCUUGAAACCAACCCAUCAACUUCACCAGAGCACAUGUUUAUUGCUCCUGAUGGUAAGCAGGCCAGUGUGAGCUACUCAUCAACCAUGGACAUCUCAAUCAUUAAAGAAGUCUUUUCUGCAGUACUUUCUGCUGCUGAGGUUUUAGGAAAAACUCAAAAUACUUUUGUUGAAAACGUUCGCAAUGCUCAAUCAAGGCUUCCACCCACAAAAAUUGCUAGAGAUGGUUCUAUUAUGGAAUGGGCACAAGAUUUUGAGGACCCAGAAGUGCACCAUCGACAUGUAUCCCACCUGUUUGGCCUGUUCCCGGGUCACACAAUAACGCUGGGAAAAAAUCCGAACCUCUGUAAAGCAGUGGAUUAUACUCUUUAUAAAAGAGGAGAGGAAGGUCCAGGUUGGUCAACUACAUGGAAGAUUGCAUUGUGGGCACGUCUUCACAACAGUGAACAUGCAUAUCGAAUGGUCAAGCAUUUGAUUGACUUGGUGGAUCCAGAGCAUGAAAGUGAUUUUGAAGGAGGACUAUACAGUAACUUGUUCACUGCACAUCCUCCUUUCCAGAUUGAUGCCAACUUUGGUUUUUCAGCAGCAGUUGCCGAAAUGCUUGUCCAAAGCACAGUCAAGGACUUGUAUUUACUUCCUGCUCUUCCCCGGGAUAAAUGGGCAAAUGGUUGUGUCAAAGGCUUGAAGGCACGCGGCGGGGUGACAGUCAACAUCUGCUGGAAUGAAGGAGAUCUUCACGAAGUUGGCCUUUGGUCCAAGGACAACACCACUGUUCAAAAACUACAUUAUAGAGGAAGUACAGUCACGGCAAACAUAUCGUCCGGCAGGAUAUAUACUUUCAACAAACAGUUAAAAUGUGUGAGGACAGCAAGUCUCUAA